GUGGGACUCUUUCUGUGUUGCACACUGAAAGGUAACGUCACACAAACCUCCCCAUGGCGGAGCAGACGCAGGCAGGUGGAGGCUCGUCCUUCAUGGACCCUCUCAAAGGCUUUCUGCUGACGUACUUCAUGCCGGAGUCAUGCUACGACCAGUUCUUUCUCAACUUCAACUUCCUGGACGUACCAUGUCUGAAGAUUCUGCUGAGCAAAGGCCUGGGGAUCGGCAUCAUCCUGGGAUCAGUGAUGGUGAAGCUGCCGCAGAUCUUAAAGCUGAUGGGGGCAAAGAGCGCUGAGGGGCUGAGCUUCAAGUCCGUGCUGCUGGAGCUGCUGGCCAUCACAGGAACAAUGGCCUACAGUAUCGCCAACAAGUUCCCUUUCAGUGCCUGGGGCGAGGCUCUGUUCCUCAUGCUGCAGACCGUCACCAUCGGCUUCCUCAUUCAGCACUAUGGAGGCAGAACCAGCAGAGGUCUCCUGUUCCUGGUGGUGUAUUUUGGCCUGCUGGUCCUCGUGCUGUCUCCAGUCACUCCCAUGUCAGUGGUUACCUACAUGCAGGCCUCCAACAUGCCAGCCAUCAUCAUCGGCAGGCUGAUCCAGGCAGCCUCUAACUUCCGGAAUGGACACACUGGCCAGCUGUCUGCUGUCUCGGUCUUCCUGCUGUUUGCUGGAUCACUUGCUCGCAUCUUUACCUCACUACAGGAAACCGGAGACUCACUGAUGGCCCUUACCUACGUCAUAUCCUCCGCCUGUAAUGGCAUCAUCGCUCUGCAGGUUAUGUACUACUGGAACAGCUCCCCAGAAAGCAAGAAGAAGAAGAAGAAGAAGAAGAGGGAGUAGGCAAAAGACAGCCACUAACCUUCUUUUCUUUCAAUAUCCAACUUUGGACGCUGUCAGUGAACAAAUUGAAAUGCAUGUACAGAGCCAUGGGGAAGUGUGGCUCAUCAGGGAAGCUGCUGGUCGAACCCUCAGCUUUGAACUGAGGAUGUGAAUGUAACCUGCCGAGCAGAUCUUCCAUGCAGGCCCACUGGCCCCGACAGUCAGCUGGUUUUGAGUCCAGACUCCCGCUGUACAGCGUGUACAGUGUGCACACUCUUAUUACAUUCCUGUUGAUCCAGUUUUCCUCUCUGCACUUUGACUGUUCCCCCUGCUUUCUUCAAAUGUUUGGAAAUGGUUCAUGCACUUCCUUGUUUAUUUUUCACAUCCAAAUCAUCUUGAUGAUGAGAAUAGUGAUUCUCAUCAUCAAGAGAAUUUUUUUUUAAACGUUUUCACCUCGGACAGAUGUAAAAAAUGUUUUCUUGUUUUGUCAGUUGACAUAAACAUUAUUCCAUAUUACCAGUUA